GGAAAAGACAAAGAGAAAAGAGCUUUCCAAUAGCUAGAAUGGUUUGGGCCUAAAAAGAAGACAAGAGCAACAUGAACCGUGAGGACCGGAAUGUGCUCCGAAUGAAAGAAAGAGAAAGGAGAAAUCAAGAAAUCCAGCAGGGAGGAGGAGAGGCCUUUCCAGCAAAUUCCCCUCUCUUCCCUGAACCUUACAAAGUGUCCAGCAAGGAAGAUAAACUGUCCAGCCGUAUUCAGAGCAUGCUGGGCAAUUACGACGAGAUGAAAGAGCCCAUCGGUGACACACUUCCAAAGCUUGGCGGUAAACCUUCUAACAGCUCGUCUUCCUCUGAGGAGAAAUCAGGCCCACCUUUGUUUGGCGGGGACCAGCGUGGUGUCGGUAGUGGUGGCAGCAGCCAGAGCAGUAAGUGGACUCCUGUUGGUCCCGCAGCAGGUGGAUCUUCAUCCCAAUCCCAGAAACGCUCAGGACUCCAGGGUGGGCACGGCAGCCAGAGGGGCAACGGAGGUAGUAGCGGCAGCAGUAGUAGCCAAAGACACGGAGGAGAGGUGCGGGAAAAGAAAUCAAGUAAACAUAGCGGAGCGUCGGAGCACUCAAAGUCACACACAUCGAGUCCGGCCAAGGGCUCUCUGAGUUCCUCCAGCAGCAACAGCCACUCACGGAGCUCCCUGUCUGCCGAGCAGCAUCACAGCAAGGAGCGCUACCGCUCCAAGUCCCCACGAGACAGAGAGGCCAACUGGGACUCACCCUCACGGGUUCACACCUCCUUCACCAGUGGACAGCAUUCGAGUCAGGCCUUCCCCCCAUCUCUCAUGUCCAAGCCCGGCUCCAUGCUGCAGAAGCCAACGGCCUAUGUGCGGCCUAUGGACGGCCAGGAAACAGCAGAACCCAAGAGCUCACAAGCAGAAAGCUACAGCGGACAGUCGCACAGCAGCACCAUGGGAGAGAUGAAGUCCAACGGCAAGGCCUCGCUUUCCAAACUCAAGAUCCCCUCACAACCUGUGGAGGGCCCUGGUGAUGCCAACUGUGUCGAUGAAAUUCUGAAGGAAAUGACUCAGUCGUGGCCCCCUCCGCUGACAGCCAUCCACACCCCCUGCAAAACAGAGCCCUCCAAGUUUCCAUUCCCUACCAAGGACUCUCACCCUUUUCCAGGUGGACACAAGCGAGGCAGUUCCUCCAAGAGCUCCAGCAGCCACCAGUCCAAAGCUUGCGAUGACCAGCCCACUAUGCUGGAAGAUGACCUGAAGCUGAGCAGCAGCGAAGAUAGUGAUGUAGAACAGGAGUCUACCAAGAAUGCCUCAAGGAACACGUCAGCAAGCAAUAACAGUGAAGGAGCGGAGCAAUCGAGGGAUGACUCCAGCAGCCACAGCGGCUCAGAGAGCAGCUCGGGCUCAGACAGCGAGAGUGAAAGCAGCACGACAGACAGUGAAGCCAACGAGCACCCACGGCCCGCCUCUCCCGAACCUGAACAACCCAUGGCCAACAAGUGGCAGCUGGACAACUGGUUCAAGAAGGCAAAGCAGUUCUCCCCAGCUUCUCCAGUGGACAAUAAUGUUCCAACCAAAUGCAAGAAAGAGGGCAGAGAUAAUAGCUCAGGACGUGGCUAUGGUAGCCAGGGAGGGGGGUCAAAAGACUCAGUGGCACCCACCCCAAGUAGGGACCUACGGGCAGCGCAAAAGGGUGCAGAGGGUGGCCGCGGCCGGCAAAAAUCCCCCGCCCAGAGUGAAGGUGGCACGAAUCCGCGAAUCCGUGUGGGUAAAAAACAGCCCAAAAAGUCAGAGAAGCCCCCAGUGGUGGAGGAACCCAAGGGAGGUCUGCGAGUAGAGAGUGAGCCAGCUCCAGAGAUCCCUCCUCAUCGGCCCAAAGCUGCCACUAAGGGUUCCCGCAAACCAAGUAUCAAAAAAGAGCCUAAAUCCUCUCCGAGGCCGACCGCAGCUGCUGUUACCACCACUGUAGAUAAACGCAAAGCCAAGGCACCCACCAAGACUUCCCAGAAGUCUCGUGAGUUUGUCGAUACAGACUCUUCAUCAUCCGACUCUGAGGGGAACGAGAGCAUCCCGUCGUCGUCGCAGACGCCCAAGUACACAGAGAGUAUCAGGACCCCUGUGUGUGUGUUUUCUCCAAUGGAAGAGAAAGAGCUCUUGUCUCCACUGAGUGACCCUGAGGAACGCUACCCUGCAAGGCCGCCUCAGCAGCAGGUUUUACUAGUCAAAAUAGAUCUCAGUUUGCUGUCAAGGAUCCCAGGGCGGCCCUACAAGGAGCCUGUAGAGAUAAAAGUGGAGAGAGACGACUCUCUAGACAGGGACAGCAAAGACUUUAGCAAGCAGAGCUCUGAGAAGAGCUCCAGCAAGGCCAAGAGGAAACACAAGAAUGAUGAAGAAGGCACCAAGCCAGAGAGCAAGCGAUGCAAGCUAGAGGAUAAGUCUCUAUCUCAUCAUAAAAACAGCAGUAAAGAGUCUAAGAGGUCUUUGGAGAAGAAAGAGGAGCCAGUCCCUUCUCCUUCCAUGUCAGGUCUGCAGCGGACACCCAAGGCAGAGCAUCCGAGUCGGAAGAGGACGGUCAGCCAGUCCUCCACCUCUUUGUCCAGCGGGACAGGAAGUGGAAAGGAGGGUAGCCACAGCACCAAGGGCAACUCCACCUCCAAACACAGAAAAGGAGAAGACAAGGGACGCAGCACACGUGAUGGCAAGGAGAAAUCCUCAAAGGGCUGUGAUAACCAGCUGGCUGUGCCUCCACUCUCCACGGAUGGCUCCAAGUCUCAGAGAUCCAAGCUGGUGUUUGAGGACAGGGUCCAUUCGGCUGAUCACUACUUACAAGAGGCCAAGAAACUUAAACACAAUGCAGAUGCACUGCUGGACCGUUUUGAGAAGGCAGUUUACUACCUUGACGCUGUGGUGUCUUUCAUUGAAUGUGGUAACGCUCUGGAGAAGAGUGCCCAAGAGGCCAAGUCUCCCUUCCCCAUGUAUGCUGAAACUGUGGAGCUUAUCAAAUACACUAUGAAGUUAAAAAGCUAUAUGGCCCCAGAUGCUACUUCAGCAGACAAGAGGCUAGCUGUGCUUUGCCUACGAUGCCAGUCCCUCCUCUACCUGCGGUUAUUCAAGCUGAGGAAGGACAGUGCACUAAAAUACUCCAAAACACUCACCGAACACUUAAAGAAUUCUCUGAGUAACACCCAGGCUCCCUCUCCUGGAAUGGGAAAUAAGGCAGCGGGUAUGCCCUCCCCAGUGUCUCCCAAACUGUCCCCGGGCACGGCCAGUGGUUACUCGUCAGUCAGCAGCAGCAGCAGCGCCAGUUCGUCUGUGACCAUACCUCAACGUAUCCACCAGAUGGCUGCCAGCUACGUCCAGGUCACCUCCAACUUCCUGUACGCCACCGAGGUCUGGGACCAGGCUGAGCAACUAUCCAAAGAGCAGAAAGACUUCUUCCUGGAGUUGGACAAGGUGAUGGGUCCUCUGAUCUUCAACACCAGCAGCAUGACAGAACUGGUGCGUUACACACGGCAGGGCCUCCACUGGCUGCGCCUGGACGCAAAGCUUAUUCCCUAG